AUGCUUCUUAAAAAUCUCCUUUUCCUGGGCCUUGUAGUCCUUUCGGCAGCGAGUCCCAAUCUCGGACAUCUCGAGACCAGAGCAAAGACUGGCACAGCCGUCGGAACCAAGGCGAACAGCAACGGCAAAUCUGGCGGUGCCACCUGUCCAAACAACAAUGCAAUCACAGGCGCGAGUUGUCCCGGAACCAAAUUCACCGCUGCUGAGAUUGAGAAGGCCGUGAAGCAGGCGAAGGCCAUGAAAUUCAAGGGCAAGACAGGCAACGGGCUCCAUUUCCCAGCCAAGUACAAGCCCAACAAGGAAACGAAGGCCAGGGGCGUCAAGAAAGCGAAGGGGUCUAGAACUGGUAAGGCAGUGAGGAGAGAAGAGCAUGCUCUCCAAGCACGGCGUGCGCGCGGUGGAGGAACCAGGACUAAAACCCGGCCCAAGACCACGAGGCCCAAGAAGACGCCGAAGAAGAAGACGGCUAAGAAGACUACACCGAAGAAGACUCCCAAGAAAACUCCAAAGAAGAAGACCCCUAAGAAGACAAAGAACAACUGCAAAGCAGGUGGCAAGGCUACGAAAGUCGGAAAGGGCGUGUGGAUGUUCCCUAUCCUCGACAAGGGAGUUUGGAAUCCCGGCGUCUUCCCUGACGUCAGCUACAUCAUCCUGGACAGCAAGUUCAACUACGUCAAAACCACCGAGAGAAAGCCCGGCUCAGCGGAAGAGUAUCAGAUAUGCGCCGAAACCCCGCAAUCUAAGAAGGGAGGCAAGACCAAGGGCAAGGCUGGCAAGGGCAAGACGGUCUAA